AUGUUUUUCAAAACAAUUCAUUCAUCACUGUCCGGAGAAGGAAGAGAAAGAGCCAAGGAACUUGUAAAAUUUUGCAUUAUUACUUUUGAAUUGAUAUCACCCCGCCAUAUUACAUAUCCUGGCUUGCCUACUUGGAAGGUGAUAUUUGAAAGUGAAUGCCAUUCUGAAUUUUCUCAAUUGGAUAGCUAUCUAUUUAUGGAUCAAAUAUUCAAGAAAGUAAUAUGCUUCUCUCAUGCCACUGUACUGCUCCUUGAUUCACAGUAUAAAGCUCCUUUGGAUAAGUUUGGCUUUGCAAGACAACUAGGCAAAUUUGAAAAAAUAAUGGUGCCCAAAAAGAGAGUUGUAUACUUUGAUGAUAAACACUUAGGUGUCUAUUGUGUUCAUAAUAUUGUGAAGUGUGAUGAGCACAUUCACAUCAUUCUAAUUGAUAGUCUGUUGAAGAUUUUCACUAUGAAGUUCUUUAUUGUUCAACAAAAGUCAUACUUUAGGAAAACUUACAAACCUAAAGGACAUGUUUCUUCGGUGUAUGAAUAA